AACAAGAAAUUGAACAGAAGGGAGGACUGUGCUCCUCUUCAAAUCUCAAAAUAAAACAAGACUCAGAGGAGGAAGGGGAUAAAGCCGACACAAUGACUACAUCCACAAAGGAAGGCGGCUGUGCACAGUAUGUGGGACCAUACCGUCUAGAGAAGACACUGGGAAAAGGGCAGACAGGUCUGGUAAAGCUGGGGAUUCACUGUAUUACAGGACAGAAGGUUGCAAUAAAGAUUGUGAACCGGGAGAAGUUGACUGAAUCGGUCCUCAUGAAGGUGGAGCGGGAGAUUGCCAUCCUGAAGCUGAUCGAGCACCCUCAUGUUCUGAAGCUCCAUGAUGUAUACGAAAAUAAGAAAUAUUUGUACUUAGUGUUAGAACAUGUGUCCGGAGGGGAACUGUUUGAUUACCUUGUCAAGAAGGGGAGAUUGACACCAAAAGAAGCUCGCAAAUUCUUCCGACAAAUUCUAUCCGCACUGGAUUUCUGUCACAGUCAUUCGAUAUGCCACAGAGACCUGAAGCCAGAGAACUUACUCCUGGACGAGAAGAACAACAUUCGCAUAGCGGAUUUCGGAAUGGCUUCCCUGCAGGUCGGCGACAGCCUCCUGGAGACCAGCUGCGGUUCUCCGCAUUACGCCUGUCCAGAAGUCAUCAGGGGGGAGAAGUACGAUGGCCGUCGGGCAGAUGUGUGGAGCUGCGGCGUGAUACUGUUUGCACUUUUGGUGGGAGCUUUGCCGUUCGACGAUGACAACCUCCGACAGUUGUUAGAGAAGGUGAAACGAGGGGUCUUCCAUAUGCCGCACUUUAUUCCUCCCGACUGCCAGAACUUACUACGGGGCAUGAUCGAAGUGGACGCAGAGAAACGCCUCUCACUGGAACAGAUUCAGAAGCACUCCUGGUAUCAAGGCGGGAAAAAUGAGCCAGAACCGGAGCAGCCGAUUGGGCGGAAGGUGAUGAUUCGGAGGCUGCAGUCUGUGAGCGACAUUGACCCAGACGUCCUCGACAGCAUGAACUCACUUGGCUGUUUCAGAGACAAGAACAAGUUGAAACAGGAUCUCCUGUUCGAGGAGGAAAACCAGGAGAAAAUGAUCUACUUCCUGUUACUGGACAGGAAGGAGCGGUAUCCGAGCUGCGAAGAUGAGGAUUUACCUCCACGGAAUGACAUUGACCCUCCUCGGAAGCGAGUCGACUCACCCAUGUUGAACCGUCAUGGGAAACGCCGGCCCGAGAGAAAGUCGAUGGAGGUGCUGAGCGUGACCGACGGUGGUUCCCCAGUGCCGGCACGCCGUGCCAUUGAUGUGGCCCAACACAGUCAGCGGUCACGGUCAGUCAGCGGAGCGUCCUGUGGCCUCUCCUCCAGCCCCCUCAGCAGCCCCAGGCCCAUUCGUAAGUUCUCUGUCCCUCCUCAGAGCCCUGUCUUUAGCUUCUCACCCGCCUCACCUGAGCACGACCCAUGUCAGGACUUCACGCCGCAGCCUGGUACUGUGUGGCAGUCGAAAUUCGCACAUCAACACCACCAACACCGUCCACCUGAUCCCAAGACGCAAACCCUACCGGCCAAGGCUAGCCUGAGCGAGAAGCCAUUGCAACCCAUCCGCUCCAACCCUCUCCCCAUCAACCUGGCGGCCGCCUCUCCUUCCCCGAGCCCCCCGUGCCACCACCCCUCUGUGCCAUCUCCACUGCACCACUCCAUCCCCCCACCCUCCUUCAUCCCCUCCCCCCCGGCUCGGUUUUUGCCAGCUACUAAAACGAGCGCCAAAUCUAUCCCUGCCACACAGGUGACCCCUCACCCCUCCCCUAGAGGCAGCCCCCUCCCCACCCCGCUGGGAACCCCCAUCCACACGCCAAAGGAGAGCCCCACCAGCACACCCGCCGUGACCCCGCCGUCCAGCCCCGGGGUCGGAGGAGUGCCCUGGAGGACCCGCCUCAACUCCAUCAAGAACAGCUUCCUCGGGUCGCCACGCUUCCACCGGAGGAAGCUGCAAGUACCAACUGAGGAAAUGUCCAGCCUGACACCUGAAUCUUCACCAGAACUCGCUAAGAAGUCGUGGUUUGGAAACUUCAUCAACCUGGACAAAGAGGAACAAAUAUUCGUCGUCAUUAGAGACAAGCCUCUGAGCUCUAUCAAAGCAGACAUUGUGCACGCCUUCCUCUCAAUACCCAGUUUGAGUCACAGCGUCAUCUCACAGACGAGUUUCCGCGCAGAGUACAAAUCGGUCGGAGGUCCAACCGUCUUCCAGAAACCUGUGAAGUUCCAAGUGGAUAUCACAUACGCAGAGGGGAGCGAAGCACAGAAAGAGAACGGGAUUUAUUCUGUCACGUUCACAUUAAUGUCAGGGCCCAGUCGCAGGUUUAAGAGAGUUGUGGAAACGAUCCAAGCGCAGUUAUUAAGUGCUCACGAUCAACCUUUGGUUCAGGCACUUGCAGAUGAAAAAAAUGGCCAAGUUAGUCAUCCUUCAGGAACUCCAAUCCGAGGGGCCCAAAGCAUGCCCAGAGCAUGGAACGAUUCAGAGUCUGUGGAGCAUUUCAAACGAGGUGACUCCAAACAUUCAUCCUCCUUGAAAGAGAAACCCAAGCUUUUAUCUUCCAAUGGCACACAAAGUCAACCGUAAAAAAAGGAAAAAAAAGAAAAAAAACUAUUGGAAAAUGAGGCAUCUCACGCAAUGUUUGUGAGGAUGUAAAUACCUUUUAAACAUGAAGGAAAAAUGGAACUGAAUACAACCUCUAUUAGUCCCAUUUCAUUUUAUUAUUUAAAGAUUUAAGGGCCGUGACCUGAGGUUCAGGCUUUUGCCUUCUGAGUUCAUUUACCCAUGAUGCUCAUAUUUGCUUCAGGAAAUCAUGGGACCUGUUUCCACAGUAACUGUAUUCAACCUGGUAUAUCAGCGGAGACUGAUGGUUUCAAGGCUUUAUGCCUCUACAAAACACACCCCAUGCAAACUCCACGCACCUUCCCACUGGAAGAUGGGAAUGUGGGUCGCGAGGGAAAACCGCUUACCACUCAGAUCCAAAGCGGAUCCAGCCAGGAAAUUUAGCGGAAUCCUUGUCCAAUUUGCAUCCAGCACUUUGUAGCCUUGUGGAUCGGAUCGGUUCAGAUAAGUCGAAGGAAAAGCAAGUAGUUUUAUACAGUUAUUUCCCACUUUAUUGUCGACACAGCAGGCUGCUAGAACUAGUCCUGUUUUAUGCAAAUAUCGCCCACAUGAGAGGCUUAAAUGACCCAGCGCAACCGAAGCACAAACUGUUGUUCAAUACUAUUAUUAAUUCAACGGCUUUGAAAGUCCAAGUAAAAAUUCUUGUUUGAAAACUCAUGAAACACUUCAACGGUUAACCACCUUCUCCAUCCUGGCUUUGGGCCACUGAUUGUGGAGAAACUCACUCCCAGAAUGUUGUGUUUACGUCGUUGUCCAGGGGGAAACUUUACUUUCUGCUGUGCUUCUGCCACAAUUGUGGACAAGCUUCCCAUUACAAAUGAACCUGGGAUGCCUCCAUUAUUUAUUUAUAAUACAGCGAUGGAUAUGUCCUGCAGCUCAGCAUCCGAAUGUCUUUAGAAUACAAACUGUUUAUAUUGGAACACUGGGCCUCAUCUCUGACCUCUGUGUUCUAGACCAGAAUGUAAGAUAUGGUGACGAAUCACAGGAAUUGGGGCUAGAAAUGAGUUUGGCUCUGGUGCAGUGUUUCGGAUCAGGAGGUGGCCAUUCAGCUCUAUGUCCUGCCAUUCAUUUAGAUCAUCUCUUCAAAAUGUGGGAGCUCCAGGAAAUUAUUUUCGACCUGCUCUACACACAGGGGUUAGAACUGGACUGAGAAAUUGACAGGGAUAUGGUGAGUGAGCGAUCAAGACAGGUACCGGUAAGGGGAUUGAUAUUAAUUCUUGCCCAUUGGCAGGGAACAGGUAGCAUCAUGUUGGAUUUAUACUAUGACUAAUCUUCUUUCAAGAUGGGAAUUAUAAAAAUCUAGACAGAAUUGUUAAAUGUAUCAGCCAAGAGAUGCAGAGGUCACCUUCCAUUGAGUUAUAAGCAAGAACUUUAUGACCAA